AUGGUGGGGGAGACGGUUAGAAAUGACAGAAUUUCUCCACUGCUGGUGGGAAGGGACAACAUAGAAUUGUCGCAUCUCCAAUUUGCAGACGAUACAAUUCUUUUUUGCCCACAGGAAACGGAGACGUUAGUGAAUUAUAAGAGACUCCUGCGUUGUUUUGAGUUAAUGUCUGGCCUGAGUAUCAACUUUGAGAAAUCGAGCCUUAUUUCAGUCAACUGUGAGAAAGAAUGGGUGACCAAUAUGUGUGGUCUGUUGGGAUGUGCCGAAGCGGUUUUACCAGUCAGGUAUUUAGGAAUUUCCCUUGGUGCUAAUCCUCGGUUGGUGAAGACCUGGAAACCAAUCCUAGACAAGGUGGAAGACAAGCUGAGCUUAUGGAAAGCUAGAUCUCUCAACAAAGCGGGUAAGUUGGUCCUCAUAAAAUCUGUUCUAAAUAGUCUGCCAGUUUACUACUUAAGCCUGUACAAGAUGCCGAAGGGGGUUGCAGAAAAGAUCAUUGGUCUCCAAAGAAGAUUCUUGUGGAGUAAAGAAGAUGGGAAUAACAAAAUACCAUUGGUGAAAUGGGAGGUAGUUCAAGCGCCAAAAAAGCUAGGUGGCUUGGGGGUGGGAGAUGCUCUAAUUAGGAAUGCCUCGCUUCUGUUCAAGUGGUGGUGGCGCUUUUCAAAGGAGGAUUGCCCACUUUGGAAGAGGGUUGUUUGCUCUUGUAAUCAGUUGGACCCAACUGUUAUGCUAUCAAGCCAACCUCUGCCAUCAAGAGGGGGGCCGUGGAAAGAUAUAUGUCAGCUUAAUAUUAAGGAGCAACAUGCAAGAGAUAUGAUGAUCAGGGGUCUGUCCAUGGAGGUUGGAAAUGGCAGAAACAUUCGUUUUUGGGAGGAUACUUGGUUACAAGGUGGCUCUUUGAAAGAUUAUUUUCCGAGACUCUUCUUUGUUUCAAAUCAACAAGGAUCCGUGCUACAACAGGAGACUCUUUUAGCUGACAUCAUGAAUUACAACUUCACAAGCUCCAUUUGGAGAGGCUUGGUUCCUCCAAGAGUUGAGCUAUUUGCUUGGUUUGUGCUAGUGUGGUGUGCUUGGUUAACGUUCACUGAUAGAGCUUGGACCACAUCGGGAACCGUUAAAGAAUUCUUUGAGAGUUGGACUGGAGUAACAGGUGGGAAGUCUGAGCAAAAGAAAUGGCUCAUAGGAUUCUGUGCAGUUAUUUGGAAUAUCUGGUUGGAGCGGAAUAGCAGAGUUUUCCAGAAAGUAGAGACAAGUGCUGAAGGAGUUAAGAUUCUGUCCUUCUUGAGUUAUAAGGAAUGGUGUGGAGUGGAUCCGUUUGGUUGUUGA